AUGGCGUCUCAAGAACCAGAAGCGUCGCCCGAGCAGCUCUACGCGUCCGCUCUCGAGUUGGUCGAACAGUCGCAGCCCGCCGAAGCACUUGUCGCAGCCAAAAAACUCUGGUCCCACGUCAAGAACGGCUCUGUCACCGACAAGCUGCCUGCAGCCACGCUGCUGGGCGACAUCUCCAUCGAGCUGGGCGCUGUAGACUCGGCCCGGCGCUACUUUGAGCAGGCCGUACUACUCGAUCCCGACGGCAAGGUGCCAGAGACUCUCGGUGGCGGCGCCGACAAGUUCCUCUGGCUUGCACAGCUGUGCGAGGAAGGUGGCAAGCAGAGCGUGCACUGGUUCGAAAAGGGCGUCCAAGCGCUGCACUAUGAAAUUGCCGCGCUUGAGAGUGGCACUGGCCUUCCGCCCGGCAUCGACGACGAGGCUUUGUUACUCUUGCGCGUCGAGAAGAAGCGGAAGCUUGCUAACGCUCUCUGCGGCAUCGUCGAGGUGUACAUGACGGACUUGUCCUGGGAGGACGACGCGGAAGCACGCUGUGAAAACCUGAUCACUGAAGCCAUGUCGGUCGAGGAUGACACGAGUGCUGAGGUUUUGCAGACUCUAGCCUCCGUCCGAUUAUCGCAAGAUCGGCGAGAGGACGCCCAAUCGGCCUUGCAACGCUCGCUCGCGAUGUGGAUGGAUCUGGAGCCAGAGGAUCCUGCUGUGCCUGAUUUUCCAACCAAGGUGUCACUUGCACGCCUGCUAAUGGAGGCCGACCUGAAGAUGGAGGCGAUGGAAGUGCUGCAUCGGCUAGUUCAGGAAGAUGACCAGAGUGUGGAAGCAUGGUACCUGGGAGGCUGGUGCCAAUAUCUGCUCGCCGAGCCUCACGGCAUCAUCGCCGAUGCCCGGAAUGGGGAUGCCAUGGACACAGGCGCUCCAGUCACGAACCAGGAGCAGAACGCACGGGCGAAGAAAGGCAGUCGUCGCUGGCUCACGACCAGUCUCAAGCUCUACAACCAGCAGGAAUACGAGGAUCACAGACUCUUCGAUCACGCGCACGAGCUUGUGGAAGAGCUCAACGCGGUACUGGGUCCGGAAAAUGAACAGGCCGAGGGAGGGGAUGAGGAGUCGGAAUGGGAGGGCAUCGGCGACGACGGCGAGGACGAAGACGAGCAAAUGCAAGGUGCUUGAAAAGCCAUGUCUUCUAGCUGUCUCACGUGGACGCUUUGUCUGUCGGCACGCCCAAGUAAUGCUAUCACGAUCUCGACCGUGUGUCCGAGUGGUCUUUACCAGCAACUUCCUGGAUGGAUUUUCGUGCUUUGCAUGACCAUUGGCUCAGAUUCAUCAACACGCUAAUCCAGAAAUCAAACCACGUACUUGCUCCAAUCAGAAAAGCAUGCGAGUUCGCCAGCCAACUAUCAUCACAUGGAGUCGAAGUUUGGUGCCAAUGGAUUUCGGGUCCGAUUUACAUGCAGCGGUGGCCUUGUUAUCACACUUUUUGCGAGCCAUACCCUGGAAUUGAUACGCGCAAGAUACUAGGCAACGAGUGGGAAACGGGCAUGAUUUUGCUGACCAUCGGAGCUUUUCCUAAAGGCGUCGCCGAAAGGGUCUCAAGCUUUCUCUUCAACCAGAAGUCAGUACAACCGGACACACUAGGGGAGGGGAGGUAUUAUCAGCCUCUGCAGUACACAUGUGGUUACACUGAUGAGAGGUGCGGGAGGGGCGUGUGUCAGUGCAGCUGUCCGUCCUGAUGCCCGAGCAGACGAAAGUAGAUCGUAUACCACUCCUUGUACAUCACCAUCGGACAUUAACCGGAAGGGCGCAGGUCUCGGAUUGGGCCACAGCAGCGAGAAAUUCGACGAGUGGCAUCCAAUCAAGUCGCAGGACUACUACCAGCCUUUGCUUAUUUCUAUAUGCUCAGAUGCAAUUCUGUUGGCACGGGUCACGUGCACACCGAACAUGGGGGGAGUCUUCGAAGCGUCUUUAAAGUACCUCCUACCUCCUAGGUAUCAAUGCUGAUGCUGCUGCAGCUAAACUUCCCACGUGAGUGAAUGUGAGCGGUACCUGCAGAGGCGCAGCUCAGCGCGGGCACGAGUUGCACAUCAGCGACAGGGCGGGCUGGGGCUGCGGAGAAGCGCGCCGCCGUCGAUGAGCCUGAGGGAGUAUUCGUGCACGGCGGCAUUCUGUACCGCAAGUCCAAGGAGUUAGGGGCCAAGCAUGCCACUCCGUCUUCUGCUUGCGAGCAGUGUAGCUCGGCUGGUGCCGAAGCAUGUGUUGCUGUGUGCCAGCCGGAAUGCACGCUAGAUCUCAAGCGUCAAGCCCUGUACAACCACACCAUGUAUCAAGCUCGAUGCUCACUGCGGUAUGGCGCGUAUGACUGCACACCCCCCGUGUGGCCCCAUCCGGCUGUGGUUGCUGCAACGUGCUGCUCGCAGGCGCUGAGAUACCACCCGUACAUUUCCGCACCUGAAACUGCACGUGCCAUCACCACUCCAGCGAGGAGUCCCCAUGCCGCUAUUGGUGCGAUGGAUGGAGACCGAUGCGUCUGUAGUGCGUGUGCCCGGCUCAAACGCC